AUGGGAAAAGAGAUACAAGGAGAAGAACCUGUUACUCCAGGGCCAGGAUAUUACACUAUUAAAAGUGAUUUUGGGUCUGGCCCCAAGUACACACUUUCUCCAAAGUCUUCAUCAACAUAUCUAUUAGGAAUUGAUAGUCAAAAUUCUCAUGAAAAUGAUCAACCAAGUCCAGGAUUUUACUAUGUCCCUCCGCCGUUUGCUACUCCUAAUUUCAAAAUCAAUUAUCCACAAAAGAACAGUUCAACACCAUCACCAAGAAAAGUGAAACCAUCAUAUUCUACCAGUAUUCAAGGCCCUGGACAGUUUAACAUUCCAGUUUUACCCAAUAUGCCUACACCUCCUUCUUAUACUAUCAGCCCAAGGCCUAAGAAGGAAAGUUGGAUGUUAACUGUUGAUACCCCAUCUCCUCUUGACUAUUCUCCACGCUUUGACUCACCAGGACCAAAAUAUACAAUUCGAAAUGGAUCAUUGGACGAAAAUUCUCGAUUACCUGUUAGCUCACCUGGUCCAGCUGACUAUCUUCAUCGACCAAAAGAUACAAAGUAUGCAUAUAUUCACGGAACUUCUUACGAACCAAAGACAACCUUGACGCCUGGUCCAGGAAAAUACAAUAUUGAGACUGUUUUCGCAAAAGGUGCUCGCCAAUGUGCAAUUCGUCCACUUGUUCGCAGAUCAACAGAAACAAUUAACUGUGCUCCUUAUUAUAAUCCAAAAGAUACUGAAUUCACUAAAAUUAAGGGUCUCACAAUACCAAAAUCUGCUCGUCCUGAGAAGAGUUAUCAUACCGCAUCUCCAGGACCUGCUGCUUAUUCUCCAACAACAUUUAAAAGGAUAACUGGACAUAAACUUCCUCCUAGACCGACAAAGGAGCAACUUGAAAAGGAAGCAGAGAAACAGCGUAAGAAAGCACUUGAAUCUUCUCCAGGUCCUGCUUCUUACAAUAUUAUGUGGACAGCAAUAGAUAAGAACUCCCCUGCAUUUGAAUUUUACGGAUAA